GGCAGGAGGAACCGAGAUAGACGGUCUCUCCCAGAGGUGCUUGAGGCUUAGACCCACACAGCUGCGGUUCAGGGACUGUAGUAAGAUUAUUCAGACCUGUAAACUGAAGCUGUGAGCACAGGCGGGAUGUUCGCAGGGGCUCACCAGCACUAGUGAUCAGGGGGUGGUCUCAGAAGGGUUCACCCCAGCUGCGGUGGGGAGCUGGGAGGCUGACGGCAGCCGCGCACAGACAAAGUAAUGGUGGUAGGAGGGAUGGCAGGUCUGCCCUGUCCUCUGCAGGAGGACUCCCCAGGGCCUGGCAUGAGCCCACGGCAUCCAAUCCCCACUGCGGGAAGCCUUCCUCCUCCCCGUCCCGCAGUGCCCGCUCCCCUGGGGCCGGUACCUGUGCCGCUUCUCACAUCCGCAGCUCCGGGACGCGGGCAUCGCCUGUCACCUGCUCUCAGCAUGGGAUCUGCGAUGCUGGAUGACACGGCAGAAACAUGUGCGGUAUCGAGGCCAAGCUCAGCGCUGGGGGCAGGGGGAUGGGAAUUCAUUAGCGGUGUCUCUUCUAAUCAGGAGGCAGGUGCUGCUUCUCCUUGGGUCCAGGAAUGAGGUGAGCGAUGGAAGUCGCCGCAGGGGUGCACACUGAAAGGGGAGAGAGGAUGCGCCUAGUGAUGUUUGAAAGGAAUCCAUACCAGGGAGAGGAAGGUGGCAUCUAGGGUGCCCUCGCAGAGGGCGAGGUGUUGCAGAACAAAUAAAAGGAGAAGAUACCCAGGGAAAGCCCGUUGGGGGGGAGCCCCUGGGUGAUGCCCAGCCUUGGAGCUUGCAAAGCCAGGUGGCACAGCCCACCGUAGGAGCGAUGCCAGCUCCCGUGGGGAGGGGGGAUGCCGUGAUCUCCUCCAGCUCUGACUCCGACACUGAAAUGUGAAUUGUAGUCCAAAAAACUACAUUUCCCAGUUUCCCUUGCAGCCCAGGGGAAUAAGCAAUUGGAAGAUUUAAAUAGACCAGGCCAGAAGCAACCAACCUUUGGCACAACGCUUUUCCCUCCUCUUCUUCCAAUCUAUUGGCUGUUUAACCUUUUUCCCUGGCACUGGAGUGGCUGCCAAGCCUGGCAUUAAUUUUCCUUCCAAGCUUGCUAGGCCCAUGAAGUAAACAGCCAUGUGCAUUCCUUACUCUAUAUUUAACAGCUGCAGUCUGUGCUGGGGGCAACUGCAACAGAGGGGAACCUUUGUAGCUUCCCAAAUUCACGGCUCGUGAGGGUGGGAGUGGGGGAAGCUUUCUGCAGGGAGAAGAGGAAUUUCUCUCCUUCCCGGUAUUUGCAAAGCAGGUUGCCUUAGAGAGAGACUGCAAUGCCAGCAUCCCAGCCGCGGUCCAGGGCAAGAGACAGGAACAAUGUCCUCAACCGGGCUGAGUUCCUCUCCCUGAAUCAGCCCUUGAAGGGGAACCAGGAGAGCAGGAGCUCCGGCAGAAAGCAGAGCGGCCAGGCCGGAGCAGCUGGUGCCCAGAACAGCAACCCCAAGGAGCGGAGGCAGUCGCAGCAGCUGCCCGAAGAGGACUGCAUGCAGCUCAACCCCUCCUUCAAGGGAAUCGCCUUCAACUCCCUGCUGGCCAUUGAUAUCUGCAUGUCCAAGAGGCUGGGAGUGUGUGCCAACAGAGCCUCCUCCUGGGGUGGUGCCCGCUCCAUGAUUAACCUCCUGGGGAUAACGGGGCACGGCAUCCCCUGGAUUGCGGGUACGCUCAUCUGCCUGGUGAAGAGCAGCACGCUGGCAGGCCAAGAGGUCCUCAUGAACCUGCUGCUAGCCCUGCUUCUGGACAUCAUGAUUGUGGCUGGUUUGCAGAAGUUGGCCAAGCGGAAGGGCCCAUACGAUGUCACCCCUGGCUUGUUGGACUACCUGACCAUGGACACGUAUGCAUUUCCAGCCGGGCACGCCAGCCGAGCAGCCAUGCUCUCCAAGUUCUUCCUCAACCACCUGGUCUUGGCCAUCCCUCUCCGGAUCCUGCUGGUCCUCUGGGCCCUCUGCGUGGGCUUUUCCCGCGUCAUGAUCGGACGGCACCACAUCACAGAUGUCCUGUCUGGCUUUGUUUUCGGCUACUUACAGUUCAGGCUGGUGGAGUUGAUGUGGAUGUCUUCCAACACGUGUCAGAUGUUGAUAUCCAUCUGGUGAACAUGGAGGACUCGACGCCUUUCCACUGGAAACUAGCAGAUACUUUGAGUCUCCUUCCCAGUAUUUUCUACAUGUUGUUUGUUGGAAGCAGUUGUAACUUCCAUGAGUAGUGGUGUUUUUUAAUGUUGCUUCCCCACCUGAAAAAAAAAGUUUCUUGCAAUGGAUUGGGUUUUAGCAAUCAAGGGCCAUACCUGUGUUUUGGCCAUAUUCUCAAGCUGUGUUUGGACAGCAACCUAAUUAAGCUUUACGGAUGAGAGAAAUGAGCUACAUGUCUGCCUAGUUUGAGUGGUUCACAUCGGCACCUUGAUACGUCCUCGGGAUGGGCAGCGCCUGAGAGCUUCCUGAGAACACAUUCGUUAACUCUUUUGAGGCUAAAUGAUUUUGGCCACAGUGCUUUUUCUUUUUGUAAGCCCAGCAGUUGUGUCUUGUACAGAGUAAGGACACUGCUGGCACUUCACAGAUAAUAAAUAAUCACAAAAAUAC